AUGACCAUCUUUCGCUUUGCAACCACGCUGUUCUUGGCGUUGAAUUUGCUUGAUAGCCAUGCUUUCCAAGUACAACCUAGACUGUCACAGCAACAAUGCCUGAGGCAAAAUACGGAUUUGGCCAUGGGCUUGGAUAUGGUAACCUACAUGAGAACGGAAUGGAUUUCUGCAGCAUUGUGUACCAACCAGACUCCACGCGAAGCUGAUAUUUGUCUACAACUCGGUUGCGAAGAUGGACGAGCUGUGACAUUCGUUCCCCGAACCAUUGACCAAUUCAUCACUUCUACCCUCGAGCCUGAUGGUGUCUUGCCUGUGAGUGUGGAACGUCAACUUACACAACAGGAAAAAACGAGAAAUGCUGCCAUUGUAAUGUUCAGAAAUCAAAGAGCUGACGACCUGAAAGAGACUCCCGACGAAUCUGUUGAUGUUGUUGUUAGUCUGCAAGCAGCUGCACGAAUGAUAGAAACUGGCUUGGACUGGAAGAAGAGUGUUCACGAAGCCGCCAGGGUGUUGAAGCCAGGCGGUCGACUAUUAUUUGUGGAACAAACGACGCUGGAUGGAGAAUCAUAUCUUGACUACCUUGAUAACCUUGGAUUGGAAGUUGAGGGCAGUGAAGAGAGUGAAGAAGGGGAAGAUGACGAUGCCGCUGAGGAGAGAUUUCCAAUUUUCGAAGAAGUCGGAUACGAUGAUGUCGACUUGGUGUUGGUGCCCCAUGUAGCUGGAGUUGCCGUGAAGUCCAUGGAUGCUGGAUUGACCGCUGCGGAACGCGAUGCAAAGGAAGCCAAGAUUGAAGAAGACCGACUAGCAGAGAUUUCCCUCGCCGCUUACGAAAGAGGGAUCAAGAAGCGAAAAAAGAAAAAGAAGGCCACUGCUGAAGAAGAAGCGUAG